GCAAUUCGAGAGACAGCGAGAGAACAACACAUUCACUAACUCUCACACACACACACCCCCUCUAUACGUGCGCGCUUCCAAGAAUUUUCCCAACCUUCUACGUGCGCGCUCCGCUCCCUUAACUCCAGCGCACUUCCACUGCUAUUUUCUCAAUCUAUAUCUGAUGAGAAGAUGGUGGCUGGGAAGUCAGCGGCUGAAAAAAAUGAAGCUCCCUCCGUCUCUCGUCAUCCUCCCAUCGGCAGGACAACCCUUUAACAACCGUAAAUAGCAAAGAGAAUUGGAAGCAGGCUCAACCAGAAGCAGAUCUUGAAGUGAACAGACUAUGGUCAUGCCUUGAAUUAAGGAAUUUAUAAACACAGAGACAUCAUCACCCCCACAGUUCGGUCACAGUAAUUGAAUAAAGCUCUCAAGACUGAGACACUUUUCCUUUGGGACUGCAAGCGUGUGAGAGGGAGAGCUGAGGGGAGGGGAGUAAUUUGGCUGUACUUUCCAUGAUGUACUCUGUUGAAGAACGGUGACCUGAAGAAAAACAAACUUUAGUUGCCAUGGAAGUUUUGAGAAAUAGAACAUAAACGCCAUUAUUGAUCGUACUGAAAUUUGUUGAUUUUUUUGUUUGUUUUUUGGGAGGGUUGAAUAAGAACAUUCACAAGGUUUGCGUGACUAGAGAAAUGGUCUGACAUUUGGGAAUACAUAUAUCUUAUAUAUAUAUAUAUUAUAUAUAUAUAUAUAUAUAUAUAUAUAUAUAUAUAUAUAUAUAUAUAUAUAUAUAUAUAAACCCUCCCUCGCUGUUAUUGCCGCCUCCCACUUCUUCACUUACUCUCAGUUACACAGAUACCAACCAAGUCUCAUGUUAGUUUGGACUCUGGAUCGCUGCAGUUGGGAAACGGAGAGGUGAGUCAGGAAAGGACGCGGCUAUAUUGACGGGAGAAGGCCCUCCUGUUCAAAGGGGCACAGAACACUAGCAGAGGGCAGCAAGAAAAAUAAAUUAAAACAGGCUUUACUCUUCUAUUUUAUUAGCUGCAAAGUCAAAGACUCCCCUUCCAAGCACAUUGUGCGUGUGUAUUUUCUCCAAGUACAACUACGCCUAGUACCUGGGCGCGGUAAUGCAACAGUACAAGAAAGUAAAUACGAUUUCAAAAGUAAAUACUGUCAAACUAGGAAGGAAAAAAUGAAGGCGCCAAUGGAAUGUACAAGAUUUUUUUUUUUUUUUUUUAAGCCUUAAUGUCGAUUAAACACAGGAAAGAAAACGAGUAACAUUUGAAAUUUAACUAUUUUAAAAUAAACAAUUAAUUUAUAUUAAAGGAGUGUUUUGAAGGAUAGUGUGCAGAAGCGGAAUAUGAAACGUUAUUAUUUCUCUAUUCAAUAUCAAACUUUAAGUAGAAAUUAAUCUUCAAGAAAAGAGUCGUCAGGGAGCGGGUGCUUUAAGAAGCAGCUAUCGAUCUGUCACUGUGAGAAGCGACUUUAUAAAAAGGUUGACUAUCAAAUCAGAUUUUACAUUAAAACAAUAAAUAAAUAAAUAAACCAAAUGGUUGAAGUAUUGACGCAGUAUGAGAUAGACCAGUAAUGAACUGCAACAAGACGACCCAGAAACUGUGCUCGAGUACAAGUAGGCAUCCUGCGUAAAAAGGAGUUUUUUUGUUUUUCAAGCUGGACUGGAAUAAGUGCAGGAUUUUUUUUUUAAGUAACCUGUGUGAAUUUUUGACAUGGCCUCCCCACAGCAUCAACAGUUGUUGCUCCACAGCACUGAGGUUAGUUGCAAUACCACCGGAGAUAGCGUGUCUGUGAAGAUCAACAGCAAGCCACAGCUGCAUGACCCUGCUAGCAGCACCAGCAGCAGCAGCGCUGGUGGCGGUGGCGGUGGUAGCAGCAGCUCCAAGCAUUGCAAGUACAGCAUCUCCUCUAGCAGUAGCUCUGGGGAGUCAGGUGUCCGCAGGGUGGCGACUGCAGGGGCCAGGCGCCCAAAGAAGCUGCCACAGCUUUUUGAGAGGUCCUCGUGGCAGUGGUGGAACCCCAGGUUUGAUUCUACCAACCUUGAAGAAGCCUGCCUUGAGAGGUGCUUCCCCCAGACCCAGCGCAGGUUCCGGUAUGUGCUCUUUUACUUGGCCGUCGCCUGCCUCCUUUGGAGCAUCUACUUCGGGGUCAACGGUGCCAGGUGCGACUGGACUGCCUUUUUGGUCCCCACUCUAGGUUUCCUCAUCUUCUGCAUGCUGCUUUUGCUGUUCACCUUCACCCGCUUCUACGCCAGACUUUAUGUCUGGGUCUCCUUGUUGCUCUUCAUUGUCACUUUUGCCUUGACUUUGUCCCUCCAAUUGCAACGUGCUUUCUUCUUGAAAGAGGGUGACUUUGACAACAGCACGGGCCUGACUAACGCUGCUUACUCUUGGGAGCCCUGCCUUUCUCCUGUGGGCACUUUCUCCCUAUGCAUGGAGGUGCUCCUGUUACUCUACACCAUCAUGCACUUGCACCUGUACCUCUGUGUCUUGCUAGGGCUGGUCUAUUCAAUGCUGUUUGAGAUCCUGGGUUGUAUCUACUUUGCCAAUGAUAGCACAGAGUCCAACCCUCUUUACUGGUUGGCCCCUGCCAAGGCUCUUCUACACAUUUGCGCCCAUGCCAUUGGGAUCCACCUGUUCAUCAUGUCAGAGGUUCGCUCGCGAAGCACCUUCCUGAAGGUGGGCCAGUCCAUAAUGCAUGGAAAGGACCUUGAGGUGGAGAAAGCCCUGAAGGAGCGCAUGAUCCACUCGGUCAUGCCUAGGAUGGUAGCAGACGAGCUGAUGAAGCAAGGGGAUGAAGAGAGUGAGAACUCGGUGAAACGCUACUCCACCUCCAGCCCCAAGAACAAGAAGAAAAAGCCAUCAAUCCCCAAAGCUCAGAUCAUCUUCAGGCCUUUCAAUAUGAAACGGAUGGAGCCUGUCAGCAUCCUCUUUGCUGAUAUUGUAGGAUUCACCAAGAUGAGCGCCAAUAAGUCGGCCCAUGCCCUGGUGAGCCUCUUGAACGACCUGUUUGGGCGAUUUGAUAGACUCUGUGAGAUCACCAAUUGUGAGAAGAUCAGCACGCUGGGUGACUGCUACUACUGUGUGGCGGGCUGCCCAGAACCACGUGCUGACCAUGCUUAUUGCUGCAUUGAGAUGGGCCUUGGUAUGAUCGAAGCCAUAGAACAGUUCUGCCAAGAGAAGAAGGAGAUGGUGAACAUGCGGGUGGGUGUCCACACGGGCACUGUGCUCUGUGGCAUCCUGGGCAUGAGACGCUUCAAGUUUGAUGUCUGGUCCAACGACGUCAACCUAGCCAACCUAAUGGAGCAGCUGGGUGUAGCUGGCAAAGUCCACAUUUCUGAGGUGACCGCCAGCUUCCUUGAUGACCGAUACCUGCGAGAGGACGGCAGGGUGAUGGAGAGGGUUGGGCAGAGCGUUGUGGCUGACCAGCUGAAAGGUCUCCUUCAAUCACUCAGCCUAGUAGCUGCAUCUGCUGGGAGAAAUGGGACUGGAGCAGCUGCCGAUUAUCCACAGCAGUCAUUUGUCGAUGCAGACUCAACAUACUGGGGUGCUUGUAGAUGGAGGCUAAAGACCUACCUGAUCUCUGGGCGGAAGGUGGAAAGGUCCCCCUGCAGCUGCUCACAGCUGGGCCUGGCUAGGUCGGAGUCUGGAGACGGGGCCUUCAGGGUACAGACUCCAGAGACCAUCACCACCACAGAGGCAACGCACUCCAACAGCCAGAAUGACAAAACCAAGGAGCCGUGUCCCUCGUGCAGUGUGAUGCUGGUCCCGAGCUGUGACACCCCAGUUGAAGACAGUACUGUCCAGAAUGGCUGCCAAGAGGACCACAAGAACAACACAAAGUCUAUUCCAGGAGGGCUUAGCCUGAAUACUCAAAAUGGGAUGCUGAGCCCUCCCCCAGAGGACAAAUUGACCAAUAGUCAGACUUCUCUAUGUGAGAUGCUACAGGAGAAGGAGAAAGGGAAGUGGGUGGGGGUCAGUAUGGACCAAUCAGCCUUGCUCCCGCUGCGGUUCAAGAACAUCCGCGAGAGGACUGAUGGACACUUCGUUGACGUCAUCAAGGAGGACAGCCUGAUGAAGGAUUACUUCUUCAAGCCACCCAUAAACAAGCUGAGUCUAAACUUCCUGGAGAAGGACCUGGAAAUGACGUAUCGCAUCAGCUACCAGAAGGAGGUGAAGGAGAGAGUCCCGGUAAAGACAUUUGCCAGCUCAACCUUCAGCUCCUUCAUCGACGUGCUCCUGUCCUCCGCUGUCUUCCUCUUCCUCACCAUCGGCUGCUUCCUAAAGCCCUGGGUCUCUGGCACCGCUGCCCCUCCAGCUGCCAUCGCUGUCUGUGUGCUUGCCAUUCUGCUGGAGCUGCUCUCCCUCGUCCUGUCAGUGCGAAUGGCAUUUUACCUGGAUGAAGUAAUGGGCUGCACCAAACACCUGCUGCAAGUCAUUUCUGGCUGGAUCCCCCGGCAUUUCAUUGGAGCCAUCCUCAUCUCAGUUCCUGCUCUCUCUGUCUUUUCCCACAUCACCUGUGAGUUUGACUCCAGCAUCCAUUUCACCAUGUUUAAGUGCUGUGCGAUCAUCAUCACCAUCAUCCAGUACUGUAACUUCUGCCAGCUGAGCUCCUGGAUGAGGUCCUCCAUCGCAACAGUGGUGGGUGCGGUGCUGCUGAUCCUGCUCUACACAUCUCUCUGCCCUGAGGAGCCGGGCUCCUCUAACAGCUCUGUACCCGAGAUGCUGCAGCCACUGGACCUGAACAGACAGGAAGUCAUCCUAGCUUUCUUCCUGCUACUCCUGCUGGUGUGGUUCCUGAACCGGGAGUUGGAGGUGAGCUACCGGCUGCACUACCAUGGCAACGUGGAGGCUGACCUGCACCGUGCCAAGAUCCAGACCAUGCGGGACCAGGCCGACUGGCUGCUGCGCAAUAUCAUCCCCUACCACGUGGCUGAGCAGCUGAAGGUGACACAGAGCUACUCCAAAAACCACGACAACGUGGGCGUCAUCUUCGCCAGCAUCGUCAACUUCAGCGAGUUCUACGAGGAGAACUACGAGGGCGGAAAGGAGUGCUACCGCGUGCUGAACGAGCUGAUUGGGGACUUCGACGAGCUGCUGAACAAGCAGCAGUACAGCAACAUUGAGAAGAUUAAGACCAUCGGGGCCACCUACAUGGCUGCUUCAGGUCUCAACACCUCGCAGUGCCAGGACACCAGCCACCCGCACGGGCACCUCCGCACCCUCUUCGACUUCGCCAAGGAGAUGAUGUGCGUGGUGGACGACUUCAACAAGGACAUGCUGUGGUUCAACUUCAAACUACGCAUUGGCUUCAACCACGGGCCCCUCACGGCCGGCGUCAUUGGCACCACAAAGCUGCUGUACGACAUCUGGGGCGACACGGUGAAUAUCGCCAGCCGCAUGGACACUACCGGAGUGGAGUGCCGCGUGCAGGUGAGCGAGGAGAGCUAUCGUGUCCUCAACGAGAUGGGCUAUGACUUUGACUACAGGGGCACCGUCAAUGUGAAGGGGAAAGGCCAAAUGAAAACGUUUCUGUUCCCCAAGAGCGUGGACAGCGGGUUGGUGCCACAGCACCAGCUCUCAGUCUCGCCAGACAUCCGUGUCCAAGUGGACGGCAGCAUUGGACGCUCCCCCACGGAAGAGCUGGCCAACAUGGUCCCCACUGCCGGUGGUCAUGGCUUAGACCGCACCCCUCCACAACGGGCAGCAGGUGCUUUGGAGAAGUUAGAACUCAUGGACUCAUCAGGCCACCUCAGGGCAGCUCCUGUUGCUGCCUUCAGCCCAGGCAACACCCAGAGACCACUCCCAACCCAAGCCUUGGCCACACCUGCCAACCUCCCUGCUACCAAGCAAGGGACUGCUGAAGAAGAGGAGGAGGAGGAGGAGGAGGAGGAGGAGGAGGAAGAGGAGGCGGCGGCGGCAGACGAACUGACAAAACUCAAAAUCUCAGAAAGCUUAUGAUGCUGCCUGACUCUGAUUUUAGGCUUGACUUCUCUGUUUUUAGAUGACACCUUAGAGGGGGAAAAAAGAAAAAACUUUUUACAUCCUGUUUUCCCGAGUUUUUUUUCCACUAAUUUUUUUGUUUUGUUUGUUUGGCUUACAUUUCACAAGAAAAGGAGGCAUUGAUUACUGUGUGGAUCGCAGUAAGGGGGGGGUAUUGUUCCCAGCUUUCAUUUUUUUUUUUUUUUUCUGUUUGUUGGAUUAAGUGCCUUCAGAAAUACUCCUAACAGCCAGGGGCGUGAAAAGAAUUGUCAUAGCAUGGCUUUUAUGAAACAGACAACAGGAAAAGCUGUGGUUAUUAUAUUGUCACAAACAUUUUAUUAAAAUUUUAUUGUGAUAUUAUUUUGGCGUAACUUUACAAUUCCAGCAAUGGUAUUUACACAAGAAAACAAAAUACUGAUGAAGCGUGCCAGUAGUACACUGUGGUAAGAGGAGGAGAGGGAUGCAGGGAAGGGUAACAGAUGUGUUUAGCUUUUACAGAUUUAGGAUUACAGUGGAACCUCACCCAAUACUUCACUGGACCUAUCCAGCCCCUCCAAGUACAGCUAUACACUGUGCAGAGGACAAGGGUUGCUUUGCAAGAAAGAGACAGAGGUAGAACUUAGCACAUCAAAGGGUAAAACAAAUCAGCAUUCCAGGCCAAUAUAUUUUUCUUUUUCUUGGUUUAACGGCAGCUUUAUUCUUUUUUUUUUUCUUUUUUUUUUAAAUCAGUAAUCUCCAGUUUAGCCAGUCAUUGCUGCUCAUGUUUCAUAUUUGCAUGUAAGCAGUGGAGAACAUUCACUGCAUUCUUAUCUGGAGCUUGGGCCCCCCUAGCGGUACUCAGACUGACAAUGGUAGUGUGCAGAAGAUCAGUGUUCUGGGGAAAAAAGCACUUUACUGUUGUACACGCCACAAUUACUGGAUUAAAUGCUGCACCUUUUUCUCUCUUUUUGUUGUGCUAUUUUACCACCCAACUGCGAGGAAUGUUGUGCCAUAGAGUGUUCUAUUCAUAAAACAGCUGUGUUGUAAUUCGAUGUGAAAUGUUUUAAAGUAAAACAAGUACACAGCAGUACAGAGCUGUUUAGUCUGUUCAAUAGAUUAUUUUGCAUAGUAAUAUAAUAAUGUAUCACAUUUGCUUACAAAGUAGAUAAGGCCAUGUGCAUUUAACACAGUGGGGUUUGCUCUUUAGAAAGAACCAUUCAGAGGUACUUUACUUCAUCCCUGUGAUAUGCUUGACCUGUAAGUGGACAACACAGGCAUACUGAGGGAUUUGAUCAGUCCCUCACCUUUUUAUAGGUAUUGGUCACCUCUUUUAUAGUAGUUACCACUCUGAAAGGUCUUACUAAAGAACAGCAAUGUCUUUUUAUAAAGUAGCACUUUAAAAUGAAUGCCUCUUUGUGUUUUAAGUAUGGUUUAAGUAAUCCAAAGUUAUGUAGCAGUUAGCAUUCACAAAGUGACAUUUAGAAAAAUUACUUCUGCUGCUUUUCAGAUUUGCCAUCUCAACUUAUUAUUCACGCUCCAUUUUAGAAGGAUUUCUUAAUUUUGACAGAGACUCACUAAACUUAGUGUGUAGGAUGGAAUUAAAAUACUGUAAUGUAAAACUUAAUUUCAAUAUACCUGAAUCUCCACAGUUACUCAGCAUCACAAGUACUUGCUAUUAAGUGAUACAUGUGCAUAAAGCGUUUCUGCUGACUUGUUUGUAUUAACAAGCUAUUCCACUAAGAGGUUCCACUGUAUCCAUAUACUUCUAUUAUUAUGUGCCACUUUCGUCUCUUUGUGCAAUGUUGCCCACUGCAUUUAUACUUUUUUGUUAUUGUUAUUAUAAUUAUCAUUAUUAUUUUGUAUAUUCAGACUGCACCAGCAUGUGGGUAACUAUAUAUCAUGUAUGUCAAAUAAAAAGGCCACAGUCCAGGUUUUAGAAGUGAAGUUACAAAGGGUUGGGUGCUGUGUUUCCUGUUUAAUCAUGCUGUCUAUUUCAUUAGAAGGGUAGUUAUGUAUUUUGUUAACCGUUGUUUAACUUUUUGUACUAGUACAUAAAAGAAAGUUUUCAAAACAUGUAAUAUGUUCCAAAAGACUGACUACUGUGUUGACUAGCUUUUACAUUACUACUUAGGUAAUGACCACCUUCUAUAUAUGAAAAGUAUCUCAUUGAUGAAAUAAUCGCAGCAGAAACAGGUCUCUGAAACGCAGAGGAUUUCAGCCUGAAACAAAAGAAGAUCCAAGCUGUAGAGAUUCCUAUUUGAUACUUCAUAGAAAAAACACAUCCUGAAUUACUCUUUGGUUAUUGUUUUGUCUGCAUUUUCAGUCUCAGUUUCAUUUAAGCACUUUGCUACGUAAUGAAGUGUUAGAUGUGCCUGAUGCGACCUGUCGAAAAGCACAACUGAGAUGAAACAGCAUUGUCCGGUCUCAUGUCAAUUAAUUUUACACCUUUUUCCAUGGAUUGUUAAUUUUUAGAAAUGAUUUAGCAUUUUAAAGCCUUAAUUCAAUAUUUGUAUUUGUUGGGGGGGAAUGAAAGCUAUGGAAGGUUUGUUUUAUUAUUUAUUUAUAAUUAAAAAAAAAUAAAAAUAACUAAAAAACAAAACAGGAAAACCUUAUUAAUGCUUUUAAAGUAUUAAUUAAUGCUUUUAAUUGCUCCUGUUGCAACUUGACGCACUGCUUCAGAGGCUUACAAAAGUUUUACAUUCUGCUUUGAAUUAUACCAAAUCACACAACACUGAAUACAGAUGUUUGCUGCUUUAUCAGUCUCCCGUCCACUAAUGCCCAUAAUUUGAGAAAAAAUAAAGCACACUUCAUGUAUCUUAACCAGUUGAGCUUGGUGUAUUCUAGGCACUGUUACAGAAUUAAUAGACUUGUCUUGUGAGCCAUUCCAGUCCCUGUAUAGUUAACAGACAGAGCACUCUUCCAGUGUAUUGUGACUGUUGAGUCGAUUCAGCAUGAUCUUACCCAGAUUUAGAGCCAAAUUACCUGAUUGUCGUGUUUGUCUCUAUGGCCAUUGCCUGAAUACAGUCAACACAGCAGUGGCGGCCUCAAUGCAGGGGCCAUAGGCAGCCAUUCAUGAAGCACAGUAAGAAGUAUAAGAUUUUGAUAUUUUUAUCUUUUUCGGUAAAAACUGCGUCAUUGCUACCAAAGUAAUGUUACCUCCUUCCACUUGUAUGGUUUUCAGGAAACCCCAUUUUAUGUCAUAUUGCACUGCUUUCUAUGUUAAUUUCAUAAUAGUGGACAAAAAAUAUGGUAUUUAAAAUACAGAAUACUAUUCUGUUUUGGCCUCUAAAUAUAUGCACUGAAAUAUAACAAAAAUCAGACAGCAGAGUUGAGGUGGUUUAGCAUGUGUAUGAGAGGAGGGAAGAGAAAUGUCUUUGGCAAUCUCCUGGUAGAUUAACGAACCAGAACAUGUGGAUUAAAAGAUCAAUCACAAUAGUAACGGUCAGACGGUGUUACCCUGCACAAGCCUAUUUAUAAAAUGUACUGAAGAUGUUUUCUUUAGUGUGUUUGUUUGUUUGUUUGUUUUUUGCCGACAGUAUUAAAAGCCUAGGGAAAACUAGUUUACGGGUUAUUUUGAAUGCUAAAUGGGACUUGGAGAUGAAAGUUUUACUACCAAAAUUAAGGGAUUUGUUGUUUUUUACAACAUUCAUGAAUGGUAGUUAAUUUUUCUGACAGCAUGCUGUCGGUGCCUUCAAAGCAUUGAGUAUUGUUUCAUAUUCAUUUUAUCGACCAGUAGAGCAGUUUUGAUGAAUUGGGGUGAAUUAUUUAUGCAACUUGGAUACUGUUGUCUAUAAUACAGCUAGAUAUAGUAUAUAGAUAGACUUUCUUUACAUACUUUUUCAUCUUCCAACUUCCUUUUUAUAUAUUGAUUUGAGCACUGUGUUUGUUUUAUAUGCGCAAUGAUGGUUUUAUAAAAGACUUUUGUUUCGUAUUAUAGGGAUUUUCACUGUGCAUUUCAUUAUGUACAUAGUGUCUGUAUAUCAGCACUAUAUAUUUCACUCCAUAGUAAAAGAAGAGUACCUAUUCAUUUUUUAAAUACCUAAAAGGGAUGGUGGGGUUUUUUGGGGUUUUUUUUUGGAUUAUGUAUAAUUUAUAUUAACAGAAGAAAGCUUAUUUUUCAGACUCGAAUUCAUCAUGCAAUAAUCAAGCUUCAGUUGUUUUUAUUUACUGAACAUGUUAGGUUUGUGUAGAUGACAGCACACAACCCUGGUUUAAUAUCUAAAACCUGUACUGCAUUUAAAAGGAAAGGUCAAGAGUCAAUUCAGCAAGACUAUGUUUGCAUACAACUAAAAAAAAAAAAAAAAAAAAAAAAAAAGCAAGGAUUAGUCUUCAAGCAUGCAUUCUUCAUAAGAAUGUUUGUUUGGGAAGUGCAUUACAUUACAUUUUAUGGAAGUGCUGUUUGACAGUUAUAGUAUUACAGAGUGUCAUACCUUUGUUAUAGUAAAACUUAUAUAAAGUACAUUUUAAGUAUUACUUUAAAAUAAAACUGCUGGAUCGAUAAGUUGCGCCUCUGUAGCAAUAGCCAGGACAGCUUAUUCAAUAACGAAGUAAUUUAAUUUAUUUAGGGCUCCAAUUUGUCAAAGCUUGGUACUCCAGAGUGCUAAUUUCUAAUUAAAGUCCACAAGUUAGUUUGUACUAAUGUUGUAGGAUUACUGAUACGUUAUCCUCUCCCAAAGAUGGUGUUCUGUAUCUCUCUACAUCAAUUAGUGAGGCAGGUUCAUGGUUUAUUGUCUUACCUGCAGGAGGCAGAGGGAGCCUGGCCACCACAACACAUGCUAUUCUUUUUGUGCCUUUAUACCAGGGUAAUAUUCUUUCACAAAACUUCCUUUGGAAUUCGAGGCGGUAUCGUUCGAGCUGAGGAAACUGAUAUUUUAGAUGACUUGAAGAGAGUACCAGAACACUGCUAACAAAGCAUACCACACUAGAAUCACUUAAUUUAACUAAAUUUAGCCUAAACUUGUUCAUCGGAGUGUAUUCUCGAAUGUUAAACAUGACCUAUUUGGUCUUAAGCGCACUAUCCUAUAUAUUACAAUCCAGACAGUAGCUAGUACCUACCUUCCAGGUAUGCAACUCUUAGGUAAGACAGGGCUAAUCCUCCCUAUGGUCCUACCUAUUCUGUAAAAAAGUUUCAGUUGCAUGAGUCUUGGCCUUUCUUUUGUUUAAAUUGGCUGCUGCUCCACCCUCCUUGCUAAUACCGUGUGCAUGUGCGUGUGGGCAUCACUGACAUAGGCUCAGCGGUGGGAGUCUUAGAACAACACUGCUGCUAGGGCUGUAUAAUAUAUAUUUUAUAUGUUAUAUAAUGUAUAUGUAUAUACAUAAAUAUAAAAUAAUAAAGAGUAUCCUGAAGCCUUGCAUCUGUAAAUACUGCGCCUAAGCUUUGUGGUUUUAAAAAAAAAAAAAAAAAAAAAAAAGCUAAAUAAAACAAUUGUCUGUAAGCUAUAUAUGUACAUAGAUUGGAAUAAUAAAAUACACAUAUAUUAUCUUUGACUUAUUACUACCAGUCUGUAACCGAUUGUAUAUUAUAGUUUUACUGUGAAUAAUAGCAAAACAGAAAGUUGACAAUUCUUCUCUACAUUCAAGAUACUCCACAACUUGAGACAGGUGCUUUUGUUCUUUGUGCGGAUAAGUUGCUCAAGAAGUCUGGUGUUUCCUCAAAAUAUGUUGUCUGUUUAAAUAAUUUUGCUUACUGUUGUUAUUUGUUAAUCAUGUACACAAACAAAUGCAAGUGUACACAACCAUAUACAGUAUACAUCUGUAUGUAUGUUUACAUACUGUGUCAAUAGUGAGUACUAUUCCAUGUUUCUGCUUGUUUUUUUAUUUAGUAAAAGUUUACGUGUAUUCACAGAUUCUAACAUACUAUAUACACACACACGCAUAAAUUUGUUUUUGUUACUAAUUGUGCAUAUUACAUGUAUUUGGGAUCUUUAGGCGUGUAGUAGUUCUGAAGUGUGUUUAGCAAAGGUUUGUAAUCCCUCUAAGCAAUUUCUGGCUUAUCACCAUUUCCGAUAUCCAGAGCAAGAGAUAUAGAACAAAUGUAGUAAGUAUCGUUUAAAAAUGUUAAUCCAAUGUAACAUGUCAGGGUUGUAAAGUAGAGAGUGAGGCUCAUAUUUUGUGAAAACACACUUUAAAAAAAAUGUUUGAUUUAUUCCGUUGCCUUGUCCCAAAACAAAUGUUGAGGUACAGAAUAAAGAUUAAUUAAAGAA